GCGUGGUGGUUGUGGUGGUCGUGGUGUGCGUGAAUGGCGCACAUUAAUGGAUGAGCACGUGCAGAGGGUGGAUAUGGAGGAGGCUCCACCUCGUGAUCUGACACGCAACCCACGUCAAGAGCUUUAACCGCGUGCGCCGUGCGCGCUGUGCCGGUGCGGAGCGAUGGGGGCCGCCCCGCCAGGGUCGCAGGCGCGAGGCUUGCGAGCUGCCGGUGCCUAGCGGCGAGGGGUCAGCAGCCGGUGCGAGCGGCCAGCAGCCCGCCUAUGGAUGCGCACAGCAUGCCGUCCCCGCCGGAGUCUGCGAGCCCCCCCGCCUCCCCCACUCGCCACGAGGCCCCCGAUCUCGACUCUCCCAGCUACGAACGGAUUGACACAGAAGAUCGGGCAUCGCAGUGCGUGGAUGGUUUGAAGCUUCAGGCUCCCCUGGGGCUCCAGGACUUUGAGCUGCUGCGCGUGAUCGGCCGUGGGAGCUACGCCAAAGUGCUGCUCGUGCGACUGCGCACGACGGAGAGCGUCUACGCCAUGAAGGUGGUCAAGAAGGACAUCGUCAACGACGAGGAGGACAUCGACUGGGUGCAGACAGAGAAGCACGUGUUCGAGCAGGCAUCAAACCACCCCUUCCUGGUGGGCCUGCACUCCUGCUUCCAGACAGAGAGCCGGCUGUUUUUCGUGAUCGACUACGUGAAUGGAGGGGAUCUGAUGUUCCACAUGCAGCGCCAGCGCAAGCUACCGGAGGAGCACGCGCGGUUCUACGCGGCGGAGAUCUCGCUGGCGCUGCACUUCCUUCACGAGCACGGCGUCGUCUACCGCGACCUCAAGCUGGACAACGUGCUGCUGGACGCCGACGGACAUGCCAAGCUCACCGACUACGGCAUGUGCAAGGAGGGCCUGAGGCCAGGCGACACCACGAGCACGUUCUGCGGGACGCCCAACUACAUCGCGCCCGAGAUCCUGCGCGGAGAGGACUACGGCUUCAGCGUGGACUGGUGGGCCCUGGGGGUGCUCAUGUUCGAGAUGAUGGCCGGGAGGUCUCCGUUCGACGUCGUGGGCGGCGCCAAGAACCCCGACCAGAACACCGAGGACUUCCUCUUCCAGGUGAUCCUCGAGAAGCCGAUUCGGGUCCCUCGCUCGCUCUCCGUCAAAGCCUCCAACGUCCUCAAAGGGUUCCUCAACAAGGACCCCCGCGAGAGGCUGGGAUGCCACCCCGAGACGGGGUUUGUGGACAUCCGUGCCCAUCCCUUCUUCCGCUCCAUUGACUGGGACCUGCUGGAGAGGAGGGAGGCUGUGCCACCCUUCAAGCCGCACGUGUCCGAGGAGUUUGGGCUCGACAACUUCGACGCUCAGUUCACGACGGAGCCGGUGCAGCUCACGCCGGACGAUGAGGAUUCCGUGAGGAAGAUUGACCAAUCGGAGUUCGAGGGGUUUGAGUACAUCAACCCGCUGCUCCUGUCCACGGAGGAGUCGAUAUGAAGCACAAGAAGCCACGUAGACACACACGUAGACACACACGCAGACACACACACAGAGACACACACACAGACACACACACGUAGACACACACGUAGACACACACGCAGAGACACACA